CAACACCGUGUAAUUCAACCGCGCAUUUAUUGCAUUAGUAUUAUUUAGUCAACCAACUUCGACACAUUGCCCCUCGCACGGUGCGCCCACACGCACCACUGUUUACAAUACUUAACAUUUGACGCAAUACAUGACAUUACUUUACAACACAAUGACAACACAAUAGACAAUGGCUACACAAAGCUAUUGACAUUAAUUACAAGCUGGCAACGGUCCAACACGUCGCGUUGUCUGCCGGAUACCGUCAGUAUUCUCCAGAAACUGUAGUGAUAAUAUUCAAAUAUAUUUAGCAUUUAUUUGAAUUUAAAGAGAAACAAGUAUUUUUAUUUGUGUCGACAUAUUUCCUUAGUGUAAAAUACCGUAAAAUCCCGCAGCAUUGAUUUCACAUUUAGUUGUUUUAGCAGCACACAAUAUAUACUGGUUUCGUUCGUCGCUUUCAAAGAAUUGGCCCAAAACCUGACUCACCUUUUGAGCUCCUCACAUUUGACUAACAGAUUUGACUCGCCAGCUUUGAAUAUCUUUGAAUAUCUUUUGUUAGUCCUGCAAUGCUACAGCUAAUAGCCGUCAUGGUUUUGUCGGGCUAAGGUAACUAAAUAUGCCUUCAACGAAUAAAGCAAAGGUAUCUUUUGUGCGUAACUCAAGGAACCAUAAAAAGAGAAGUGUUGAGAAGUGUGUCGAUGCUGCCGUCUAGCGGUAACAAAUGUAUAGACACUUCAAGUUUGUCACGGAGGCUCCCGGGAAAUUGCGCAAACAAACCUUGAUCAGCAGCACACCUUUGCACUGGCUGAAAGUCUAAUCCCCUGUUGCUGGGCCUCGUAGAGUUCACAUGGGCGAGCACAGGUAGAUGGAGUGGAAUUAUACAAAUCUCCGCACAGUCCCGCUGUUGCUGGAGCAGUUAUCUGAGACAGCGGCAAUCUGGGUGAAGAAGCGGAGAAAAAGCGGCCGCACGGGGAGCUCCUCCGCACGAGGAACUCCUCCGCAUCUCCAAGACAACCGUCUGUUCUUUAGUAUUUCUACUGGUGGUCUUGAUGCUGUUGGCCAUCCUUUAUCGCAGAGAUCCGCUUUGCUGCAAAGCCAGGCACUUUCCGGAGACCCAGCCGUACCCGAGGCCUGUUUGGAGCUGUCACAUGCCGGGAUGUACUCGUUAAGAACUACCUACUGCUGUCAGGGGACAAGUCAAUGGAUCAUAUUGUCGCCUGCUUCAGGGACCCCCCACCAGGACGCACCACCUCAGUAUUACAGCAGCAGGCAGACCUUAGUGGCUUCACCUUAUCAGGAGCAGCCAGUGGAGACGGCCCACGACCGCAGUGCCCAGGUGGGUGCCAGCCACGACCGCAGUGCCCAGCGCCCGGAGCACCUCUUCAUGGUGGGGCUGCCCAACACCUACCGCCUGCCGUCCCUGGAGCUGCCUCUGCCGCGGCUGCCCUCCUACGAGAGCGUGCGUAAGCGGGACCGCCAGCGCUACAUCCACAUGCUGAUCGCCCACCGCUUCGGCCUGUACGGCUCCACCCUGACGGAGCCUCCUCCAACUUAUGAGGAGUCCAUCCGUCAGUCUGUGGAGGUCAACUGGGAGAAUCUGGAGCCUCCUGUGCACUCGCAUCUGGACAGGGACGCUACCACAUCCUCACAGUCUGUCCCUUAGGCACCACUAAUCGAGCGCGAGGGCUCUCUACUGCCCUCUGCUGUAGAAGUACGAGUAGCACAGCCGCUGGAAAAAAUAUACCUUCAAACUGAUUACGCUAACAUGCAAGUGUGCGAGGUGGUACAUUAACAGCUGGAUUUUUCACUGGUGCCAAGAUCAGUUCUGAUGAACUAAAGGAAUCGUCAACAUUACUGCCAAGAGGUGCUUAAAUGCGAAAGCCACUUUGAGACUUUUCAUAUUUGAAUAUUUAUCAAUUGACAGGGAAAAAGGACUUGUUUCCCCUUACACAAAUGGGCUAAAAUAAGAGUUUUACUGGCCCGCGAUGGCAUUAAGGUGUUUCAGUACUUGUGUUGUUCCUCGAUGGAAGAGAGUCGAGAAGUAAUAAGGUAAACGGUGAGACGGCAUGAGCAGGAAUACUAGGAAGAUAUAUUUCCAACCAUAUUUAAAGCUUUUUAUUCCUAUUUUUUCCUGAAGGCAGAACAACAGAAUGGUUUUUGAAAUGUCGGAUGCAGUACAAUUAUUUUUAUAGUGAAGACAUUGGACAAGUGGGUAUAGAAAAUGGAUGUAUGGAUAGAUGAUUGGAUGGAUGGAUGGGUACACUCGGAAAAACGGGUAAAAAUUUGUACCUUUGCUUGUACCCUCAAGGGUCUGCCAAUUGUACCCUGUGCUGUAGGUAAACGUACCUUUUUGGACUCCGAUGAACAUUUCUAUACCGUUGAUGGUACAUUAAUGCUGUUUGUACUUUUGGGAUGUUCCUCAGAGUCAUUUUCUGUAUAUUAAAAGGUAUAAUUACAAGGGUACAGCCUCAGUUGCAAAGGUACAUAUUUUACUUUUUUUCUGAGAGUGUAUAAGAGCAACGUAGAAAAUCUUGAACCAAUGACAUUCCCUUUUAUUUUCAAUGAGAUUGCUUUUUGGAAUAGUUUUUAAAGUAAAAAUCAGCAUUUUUAUUAUAUAUUGUGUUUGUGUGAACUCAUGUGUUUGUUGAUAUUUUUAUUAAUUACUAAGGGACAACUUGUUAAACCAAGUACAUUUUCUAUUGUUUUAAUAAAAUGUAUUCUAAAAAAAUGUA